AUGGCUCAAGAAAACCUCUCCUUCGUCCUCGCUGAGCGACCGAACGGUGACAUCAUCGCUGGCAAGACGCUCGCCCCGAAAAAGUCUCCCAUCCCCUCGGCAAGCGACCUCCAGGACGGCCAGGUCCUCGUAGAGGUCCUCUAUCUCUCCCUCGAUCCCGCCAUGCGCGGAUGGAUGAGUGAGGCCCGCUCCUACGUGCCGCCUGUCAAGAUUGGCGAGACAAUGCGCGGCUCAACUGUUUGCCGCGUCGUCGCCUCCAAGGGUGCGAAGUUCAACAAGGGCGACUUCGUCUCCGGAACCGCCGGGUGGACCCAGUACGCCAUCCUGGAUGAGAAGCACCUGGAGCCCACGUCCAGCUAUCCCGGCCUCCAGGACCCCAUAGACAUGCUCUCUGCCCUGGGAUUCACGAGCCUGACAGCCUGGGUUGGCAUGACCAAGAUUGGUCUCCCCAAGGCUGGCGAGACGGUAGUCGUGUCUGGUGCUGCCGGAGCGACGGGCAGCGUUGCUGGUCAGAUUGCCAAGAUUGCUGGCGCACGGGUCGUUGGUCUUUGCGGCAGUGACGUCAAGUGCAAAUGGCUGGUUGACGAGCUGGGCUUUGACAUUGCCUUGAACUACAAGGCGGCCGACUUCAAGGACCGGUUCAAGGAAGCCACCAAGUCGUAUAUUGACGUUUACUUUGACAACGUUGGUGGGGAAAUCCUCGACAUGGCCCUGGGCAGGGCCAAGGAGCACGCUCGCUUCGUCGAAUGCGGCCAGAUCAGCCAGUAUAAUACGUCGACGCCCAAGGGCCAGACCAACAUCUCAAAGGUGGUCACCAUGAGAAUCCGCAUGGAGGGCUUCAUCAUCUUUGACCACAUCAAGGACUAUCCACGUGCGCGCAAGGAGCUCGCCCAGUGGCUGGCAGAGGGCAAGCUCAAGAAGACGGAGCACGUCCUCGGCGGGGGCUUGGAGGUUGCCGAGCAGGGGCUCAUUGAUUUGUACAAGGGCGUGAACCAGGGGAAGCUUAUUGUCGAGGUGAAGCCCAAGCGGCAUUGGUCAGGCUCCUUGUAA